GUAAAGAGGUGGGCGGUGGAGCAGAACCGCUGUGCUGGGGUGGUGGGCACCGAGGUCCGAGUCCGGGGCACGGGAGGCGUCGCCGCUGCUCCGAAGAGGACAGGGAGUGAAAUUAUGUAGCCUUUUAAGAGACUCUCUUUGCCCCAUCUGAAGUCCAUAUGGCUCUGUACGAUGAAGAUCUCCUGAAAAAUCCUUUCUAUUUGGCUCUUCAAAAGUGGCGUCCUGACUUAUGCAGCAAGGUGGCCCAAACCCAUGGCAUUGUCCUGGUGCCCUGCAAGGGAAGCUUGUCGAGCAGCGUUCAGUCCACUUGUCAGUUUGAGUCCUACAUUUUGAUCCCCGUGGAAGAACACUUCCAGACCUUAAAUGGAAAGGAUGUCUUUAUACAAGGAAACAGGAUUAAAUUAGGAGCUGGUUUCGCCUAUCUUCUCUCAGUGCCCAUUCUCUUUGAAGAAACUUUCUACAAUGAAAAAGAAGAAAGUUUCAGCAUACUGUGUAUAGCCCAUCCUUUGGAAAAGAGAGAGAGUUCAGAAGAGCCUUCAACAUCUUCAGAUCCAUUUACCCUGAAAACCAUCGAAGAUGUGAGAGAGUUUUUGGGAAGACAUGCAGAGAGAUUUGACAGGAGCAUUGCUUCUUUCCAGCGAACAUUCAGAGAAUGUGAAAGAAAGAGCCUCCGUCAACACAUAGACUCGGUGAAUGCUCUCUACACCAAAUGCCUCCAGCAGCUUCUGAGGGACUCUCACCUGAAAAUGCUUGCCAAGCAGGAGGCCCAGAUGAACCUGCUAAAGCAGGCAGUGGAGAUUCCACAGAUGUACGUCCAGCACGAUAUUUAUGAUCUGAUCUUUAAAUAUGUGGGGACCAUGGAGGCAAGCGAGGACGCUGCCUUUAACAAAAUCACAAGAAGCCUUCAGGAUCUUCAGCAGAAGGACAUUGGUGUGAAACCUGAGUGUAGCUUCAACAUACCUCGUGCAAAGAGAGAGCUGGCCCAGCUGAACAAAUGCACCUCCCCACAGCAGAAGCUGAUUUGUUUGCGAAAGGUGGUGCAGCUCAUAACCCAGUCUCCCAGCCAGAGAGUUAACUUGGAGACCAUGUGUGCUGAUGAUCUGCUCUCGGUCCUGUUGUAUUUGCUUGUGAAAACAGAGAUCCCCAACUGGAUGGCAAAUUUGAGUUACAUCAAAAACUUCAGAUUCAGCAGCUCAGCAAAAGAUGAAUUGGGGUACUGCCUGACUUCGAUUGAGGCUGCGAUCGAAUAUAUUCGUCAAGGAAGCCUCUCCGUUAAGCCGCCUGAGUCUGAGGGAUUUGGUGACCGACUGUUCCUGAAGCAGAGAAUGAGCCUACUGUCUCAGAUGACUUCAACUCCCAUUGAUUGUCUGUUUAAGCACAUAGCGGCGGGUAACCAGAAAGAAGUGGAGAGACUUUUGAGCCAAGAUGACCAAGAUAAAGAUGCCGUCCAAAGGAUGUGUCACCCUCUGUGCUUCUGUGAUGACUGUGAGAAACUUGUCUCCGGGAGGCUGAAUGAUCCCUCCAUUGUCACUCCAUUUUCCAGAGAUGACAGGGGUCACACACCGCUCCAUGUGGCCGCCCUCUGUGGGCAGGCAUCCCUCAUUGACCUCCUGGUUUCCAGAGGCGCGGUGGUGAAUGCCACGGACUAUCACGGCUCCGCCCCCCUGCAUCUCGCCUGCCAGAAGGGCUAUCAGAGUGUCACGCUGCUGCUCCUGCACUACAAAGCCAGCCCCGAGGUGCAGGACAACAACGGCAACACGCCUCUCCACCUGGCGUGCGCCUACGGCCACGAAGACUGUGUGAAGGCCUUGGUCUACUACGACGUGCAGGCGUGCAGACUAGACAUCGGUAACGAGAAGGGGGACACGCCACUACACAUAGCUGCACGGUGGGGCUACCAAGGCAUCAUAGAGACGCUGUUACAAAACGGAGCAUCCACGGACAUCCAGAACAGGCUGAAAGAAACACCGCUCAAGUGUGCACUGAACUCAAAGAUUCUGUCAAUAAUGGAAGCCCAUCAUCUGACCUUGGAAAGAAGGAGGAAGUCUUCAGAGGUCCCCGUGCAGCCCCCUCAGCACCCUGUGGACUCCAUCAGCCAGGCCUCCUCCACCUCCAGCUUCUCCUCUGCGUUGGUGAGCUCCAGACAGGAGGAGCCCAAGAAGGACUACAGAGAGGUAGAAAAACUCUUAAGAGCGGUUGCUGACGGAGAUCUGGAAAUGGUGCGCUACCUUCUGGAGUGGACCGAGGAGGACCUGGAUGAGCUGGAAGGUGCCAUCAGCAUAGACAGUAUUGAAUUUUGUCACCCCCUGUGCCAGUGCCCAAAAUGUGCUCCAGCUCAAAAGAAGCUGGCAAAGAUCCCUGCCAGUGGACUUGGUGUGAAUGUGACCAACCAGGACGGCUCCUCCCCACUUCAUGUUGCAGCUCUGCAUGGGCGGGCAGAGCUCGUCCCCCUCCUGUUGAAACAUGGUGCCAGUGUGGGGGCCAGAAAUGCGAACCAAGCUGUCCCGCUCCACCUGGCCUGCCAGAAGGGCCACUUCCAGGUGGUGAGGUAUCUAUUGGAUUGUAACGCAAAACCCAAUAAAAAGGAUAUAGGUGGAAACACACCCCUCAUUUACGCUUGUUCCAGUGGCCACCACGAAGUCGCGGCACUGCUGUUACAGCACGGGGCCUCCAUUAACGUCUCUAACAAUAAGGGUAACACAGCACUGCACGAGGCCGUGAUAGAGAAGCACGUCUUCGUGGUGGAGCUGCUGCUGCUUCACGGGGCAUCAGUGCAGGUCUUGAACAAGAGGCAGUGCACCGCCAUGGACUGUGCUGAGCAGAAUUCAAAAAUAAUGGAAUUACUUCAGGUAGUACCAAACUGCAUGGCCUCAGCAGAUGAUGUUGGCGAAGCAGACCACAAGGAGUACGUGACUGUUAAGAUCAGGAAGAAAUGGAACUCAAAAAUGUACGAUCUACCCGAUGAGCCUUUUACAAGACAGUUUUACUUUGUCCACUCGGGUGGUCAGUUUAAGGGAAGGACUUCAAAGGAGAUUAUGGCAAGAGAUAGGAGUGUCCCUAGUUUUACUGAAGACUCUUUGCAUGAGGGAUGUCAGAGCCAAAAUGAUGCCCAGAAAGUACCAAGCACGUUGGGUGACAAGCAGCACCCAAGAGCGCUGUUCUUGUGUGGUUCUUGUUUAAACUGCAGUGCAAGUGAACUGCUUGAAUUGUACCAUUUCUUCAGCCAGGGAGGCAAAGAGUCACAGGGAGACGGGACAACCUGCCAGACCACAGCAGAUCUGAGAGUGCGGACAGAGGGCACGGCAAUCAGCCCGAGGGGCCUGGACCGAGACAAAGUGUUCCUUCAAACAGGCGGAGGCUGCGCAGACACACAGUCGAGGACGCAGUCGUACCCACGGGCCCAGGGACAGCUGGCAACCCAGCCACUUCUAAGGUCACGUCCCAGUCUUAGCAGUGAUAAGCGGUUAUUGUGUUGCUGCCAGGAGAGUCCUCGGCAAGGAGGCGCCAAGCAGGAACACAGCUGAGAACUGAAAUGUACUUUCUGUUGGAUUUGCAAGAAAAGCGGAAAGUUCCUGAAAGCUAGCUGUUCUGUGGCUGAGGGAAGGAAUGCGACCAAGAAAACGAUCCUCUCUUUCCUCCCCAAAGCUAGUGCGUACGCUGGAAAAGGAGUGCACACCGAUUCCGGCCGUGUCCAGAUCCGUAAGAGCAGGCGUAGGUUUCUUCUGAAGCAGCGGGCGCUCCCUGACUACCAUGCAGAGUUUCAUGACCAGAUCGCGACCUCCUCCUGACGAAAGGUGCUAGCAUCUGUGAUGUGGACAAAUAAGCAAACCACAGGCUGAAAAAAUUUCUUCAUUUGGGAUCCACUGAAGAGAAGCAGUUAGGUUUCAUGAUACCGUGGAGGCAGGCAGAAGCGACACAUGGGAACGAGGAAAAGAGGACUGGGAAGUGUUCCUUUGCAAAGCAGCACUUGAACCCAAAGAUGCCUACAUGCUGUUGUGAUGUUCAUUUUCAUGGAAAGGACAUUUAGGAUCUAUUCUACACUAUGUAUGUGGGAAAAGUUGGGUAUAAUUUUUCUUCCAACAAAGUACAGAUAUUUGAUCACUGCACCUACGCACCUAUAUCAGCGUCUCUCGAGACACAGCCCCUUCCGUUAAAAAACCUCCCUUUGUUGUCAUACCUGAUGGAUGGUUAUGAACAAGAGAGAUUUGGCACAUCUUUUCUUAGUCUUUUGAUUCCGAUUCAAAACUUACAGCACAAACCAGGUCAGAGUUACUUUCAGUUAGAAUUUAUUGCCAUUUAUUCCUUUUUAUAAAUUUCUAUAGAUUUUACUCUUAUUUUUUUAUGUUACUAAUUGGUCUACAGCUGCAAACAUGGGUUUGUCCUGAGUACAUUUUCAAAUAACUUUGUAAUACGGAAAUGGUUUUGUGCACGUUCUUGGAAAUACUUGCUUAUGUAUAGAAGGGAGGGGCUGAUUAUUUUUCUACAAAGUAAUUUAUGAUUUCUAAUUUUCUAAUGUGCCUUGGAUAUGUGCCAAAUGAUGGGAAAGAAGCAGUAAACUUUAUGAUUCUUGAG